AUGGCUGGUAGCGCCAAAAAGAAAGUCUCGAGUGCUUGUGAAAGAUGUCGACGCCAGAAACUAAAGGUCAGCUUCCCCCUGAUAACCGUUAAGUCAACAUUGAGUAACGUCCUGGAACAGUGUGAUAUAACUCGCCCAUGCACGUUGUGUAGAAGAACGGGCGUUGACUGUCAACCGGUCACUCCUGCCCGGUGGAGGGUUUAUCAACAAGAUCAGCCCCGGAAAUCGGAGCGCUCUACUAAAAGGAUCCGCAUAGUUGAACCUACGGGGUCUAUAUCAUCAUCGCGUAGCAAUUCUCAUCUCCAGUCUCUUACUGUCUGCUCGCACCAUGUUGCCCAGGAGGAUACAUGGGAGACAAUCGAUCAACAACCAGCCUCGGCAAACCAUCAAUCCUGGAAUUCUAGCUCUACGAUGGCCUUGGUGGAUGGGGCAUUCCAACUUCACAACGCAGCUACUCCUGAGUCAGCCGCAACAAAUGCUAUUCCUGGAGCCGGGCUCGGUGACCUUGUGUCCGACGCGUCAGGGGAAGAAGAAACACCGACGACGAAUCCCAAUAAUGGCCGUGCCUCACCAGCAACAAGCCCCAUGCCUCCAAUGAUCAGAUCAUUGGCCUAUUCCUCUCGAUCAGCUGUGGCAGAGCUGGUAUCACUUUUACCUGACUACCAAGCAGCAGCUUUGCUCGUAGAUACCUACUUUGACCGAGUCCACUGGUUCAUGCUCCUUUUUCACCAAGAUGACUUCCGGCGACGAUGGCCGAAGCUCUACAAACUAUCAAACUCGCGGACCUCGAAUCCUUCCCAAGACCUAGGAUUUAUUAGCACAUUUCUGAUGGUUAUCGCUAUUGGCCUACAGUACAUGGGGGACCAUCGCCGGCAGCUCUUAGCCACGUAUGGCAUUGGCCCUGAUAAACUCAAAGAACGAAUUUUCUCUGCCGUGAGAACACGACUAUUGGACAUAGUUUCUGUCGGUUCCCUAGAGGUCGUAGAAAUGUGUGUGUUACUCGGAACCUACUAUUUAUACCAUGGGGCACCUCGACUGGCAUGGCCGGUAUGUGGCUGUGGGCUGCGCAUCGCUCAGGCCCUAGGCCUUCAUCGCAAAAGGUCAUCGAGUCCCCAACACUCAUUACCAAAGAGUACUGCUGCGCGAAAGCAGAAUGAAGCAAGAAAGCGAGGGUGGUGGGCCAUAUAUGAAAUUGAAACAUUUUGUUCAAUGGCAUAUGGUUACCCUCUGAGUAUUAAAGACUCUGACUGCGAUGUUGAGCCGCUAGAUCCGAAAUUCAACUCACCGAUUGGGCAAUCGCCCUCAUCCUUUGAGAAGCCGGCUACAGGUGAGGCAACCUUACUGUCCUAUAAAUAUUUCAUGUCGAAAUUGUCUGUCAUUACCAAGGAUGCAUUAUCUGAAUUAUAUAAUGUCCGUCUUGAUUCUGCUGAAGGCUCACGGUUACAUCACUCAACCUUGGACCCGUCCUAUGUUAUCGACCGGGUACGCACAAUUGAUAUGAAGCUACGACAUUGGCAUGCAGAGGUUCCCUCCGAGCUACGGUGGGAUAACAUAAAUGCAGCGGAUGUUAGCUACUCAUCACCACAGGCAGUUGAUCGAGAUAUUGGUGCAUCGGGGCCUGUAUUCGAGAACCAUAUUUAUCAGCUUCAGGCGCUCACCCUCAAACUUGCUUACGAAAAUGCUAAGAUCCUUGUUCAUCGUCCGCUGCUGUCGUAUAAAGUCGUUUCCCAAUCCUCUAACUCUGAGCCCAGGGGCUUCACAGAGUCAACUUCAAACUGCAUGAGCCCCUUUCGGUCUUCACUGCAGACUUGCCGAGCUGCAGCUAUAAGCAUGGCCGAAAUUGCUUCGCACCCAAUUGUUGACCUCAUAUCAGAAACCUAUGCCGCAGCAUUCGUCAGCAUCCACACAUUCACGGCCGGUGUAACCUUAGGAAUCCUCAGCAGCAUCGAUCCCCUGGGACCACAAUCUCGCGAUACAAAGAUUGGGAUGCAUCGUCUCAUGGGCAUCCAAGAGAAACUCAAGCAUCGCUCAGUCCUUGCUGCACAGGGUCUCGAGAUUCUUCAGCGCCUAGCGAGGCUCGUGAUGGAGAAGGAACUGAGCGUGAUGCUUGAUGUGUCCAAGCCUAUAGAGCUCUCGAAGCCCAGAGAUAAUGAAGGUGACAAUGCAGCCGGUGGAUUGAUCGAGCAUUCUCAACUUCUAGAAGCGGUCGACUCUGCAUCAGAUGCUCCCGUUUCUGUAGCAUAUACUCGGCGAUCUGAUGGCACAGCUUGUCCAGUUCCUGGCCAACAAUCAGAGAUUCCAACAACUGAUUCUACGUAUCCAUUCAGCGUGGCCAACGAGAACGCCCUGCAGUAUAUGGAAGACCCGGCUUUAUCCGAGGCCAUUUCUGAUUUUGAUCAAGCCCUCUCUACUUACGCCCCACGAUUAUCAGUGGAUCCCGAGGAGUCGUAUAACUCUUCGCUUCCCCGACCCCCUACCGACGAAGGCUUCCCGAUGCUGGAGCAAACAUGGAUUUGGGGUUUGGAGAAUAUUCCACCCUAG